AUGUCUCGAAUGGAACUUUAUUCGCCCGAAGGGUUGAGGGUCGACGGCCGGCGAUGGAACGAGUUGCGCCGGUUCGAGUGCAAAAUCAACACCCAUGCCAACUCGGCCGACGGCUCGUCUUACAUCGAACAAGGUAACACAAAGGUGAUGUGCAUGGUCCACGGGCCCAAGGAGCCGCUGUUGCGGUCGCAGAGCAACCAGAACCGAGCGACCAUCGAAAUCAACUUGAACGUGGCGAGUUUUUCCACGUUGGAGCGGAAAAAGCGCAACCGGACGGAAAAGAGAAUGGUGGAGCUCAAAACGACCCUCGAGCGGACUUUCGAACAGAGCAUCCUCGCCCACUUGUACCCACGAACAUUGAUUGAAGUGCACGUGCAAGUGCUAGCGCAGGACGGAGGAAUGUUGGCCAGUAUCACCAAUGCGAUAACGUUGGCGCUUGUUGACGCCGGAAUCGCCAUGUACGACUAUGUUUCGGCCGUGAACGUUGCUCUUCACGACCAGACGCCGUUGCUUGACCUCAAUACGUUGGAGGAAAACGACAUGAGCUGCUUGACCAUAGGCGUGGUUGGGAAAAGCGAGAAAUUGGCCAUGUUACUUUUGGAAGACAAGAUGCCGUUGGACCGCUUGGAGGCGGUUUUGGGCAUAGCCAUUGCUGGCGGCCACAGAAUACGAGAUUUGAUGGACGAGGAGGUCCGGAGACACGGCAACCUGAGACUGGCCAAGCUUACUACAUGA